CUCCUCCACCACUUCUGUUUUGCGUUUUGAAUAGGGGGCAUGGUAGUUGUGCCCUUCGCUUCUCAAGAUCAUGUUACAGCUGCCAGCUGGUUGUUUUACCACGACUGGUUCCACUUUAAAAAUUUUGAAAGCUGUGAUUCAAUGUAUAUAAUGGGUUUGAGUACAAAACAAAUACACAAGAAGACUCACUUUGGCAACCCAAUACUGCUUUUGAAGCGGGGUUGAGAUCAUAACGCAUUUCAUAUCACUCACCCAGGGUUGGGGAACACUUGCUAUUUCUAGCAGGCGCUGAGUCAGGUGGACAACACCCAACUUGCAAUGGUCCCAACACGAAGCUAUCUUCAACACCAAAAGGGCUUUUAAAACAACAAAAUAUCACAAAACCAAUAAAAUGGAUACCACUUCGAAAGAGGAAAGUGAACAAUUCGAGCCAGAAAUACAAGCGUUACAGGACGAGGGGUCAGGAACUAUUGACGACGACGAUGAGGACGAGAUUGAAGAACUACACAAGAGUUUGAAGGAAGUAGUCAAAGACCCAUAUGUCAAGCCCAAGCUUCAGUGCCUUAUGGUGGACCAAUCCUUCUCCAUGGUGACGGUGCAGAGUGAGGACAGUGGGAUUGUCUGGGAGACUGCCUCCAGCAGGUGUUCCACUCCCUGGGCGUCCGAGGCAAGCUCGCCAUCUGACAGUCUGGAAAGCUCAGGGGCACAGGGAAAGAUCACCAUCAUCAUGGACGAGGAUAAGAUUGUGAGGAAGCGCAAGAGAACUGGCAGAAGCAGGUUGGGUGACAGGCUCAAGAGGCCCAGCUCCAGAACGGCUGCAUACGGAACUGAGAGACCGGCGAUGGCAGAGGUGUCUGUGCCCAACGUGAGGCCUGAAAACGACAAGUCAUCAGAAGUGAAACUGGAUAAAGAUCAGGAGCUGUUCAGCCUCAUCUCAGAGGGUUAUGAGAUCCUAAACAUUGUGGUGCCAUCAAAACUUCCCACAGUGGACGAAGAAGAGACCAGUGAUCUGGUGGACAAUUUGUCCUUUUUACAGCACACCCCAAAGAUUAAGUCUAGAUGUAAACCAGCUGCAGCGCCUGCAGGGAUUAUAGAGAUGAACGCCCAGGAAAUAGAUGAUAGAGAAAAGGCCCAAGCAGACAAAGAUGCAUCAGAGGCCUUGAAACAGGCAAAGAAAGAGAGGCCCGAUGUAGAUUACCUAGAGAAAUUCACAAUGGUCGAUUCACAUGUGCCUAGUGAACAGCUUAGUCUUUCAGAGGUCCCUGAGCAAGAUGACAUCAUCCAAGAGCCUGAACACUUGAAACCUCAAGAGGAAUCAAAGCCUGAGCCUAGUCCAUCAGGCAUAGAGGAAAGCUUUGUGAUCAUCACGGAUGAUGAUAUUGCAAGCGAGCAUCUGGAUGAGGUGUUCUACGCCAAUACUGGAUGCAUGGCAGAAGAAGAUGCCGAAGAGGAUGACAGCGGUGGAGGACUAAAAGAUGCACCGAGAUCAUUGAAAGAGAGUGGCUCAGUCUUGUUCGGCAGCCAGGAGACAAUUCUCAUACCUGUAUUCCUGCCCGAAGGUCCUCCAAAGAUUAUAGAUCAAUGUCUUCUGGAAGAGCCAAGGGCUAUGUCAUUCCUGUAUACUGACCUCUAUGAUGAGGCCAUGGGAGUCAGAGGGAGAGAUGAUGACCACUCAGAUGUUGAGAGCACUGUGUCUGAGAAAUCCUACAAGAGAAGAUUUUCUGAGGACGAGGACGAAGAAGGCUACCUGGAAAGGUUUAUUUUGAAGGAUGAGACACCAUCGGCAGAGGAUCCCCCUGAAGUCACCGAUGACACAGAGGCAGGGAGAAUCAUCUGGCCACAGAACAAGUUUGAACUCACUGGAUGUUUGAAGCGAGUGAAGGAAGUGGAUGAUUCAGGCGAGGAUAAGACAGAAAUUCCGCCAACUGAACAAAUGACAGAAAGUGAAAAGGCACAACCAGAGGAUACAGGAAAGCAAGAGAAAGUCAGUCAAGAGCCCAUAACCGAGGCUACUGAUGAAAGUAAAAUUGAGCAGGAAAAAGAGGGUGACACAGAGGUCUGUGUUGGAAAUCACUGUAGACCAUGUGAUUCAGAAAAAGUUAUCCAUGAGUCACCAGGAUGUGUAAUUCAGAAAGAUUUCAGGAGCUCGAUAUUGGAGGAGAGAGCUGAGACAGUCAGUGAAAUUAGGAAGCAUGAUGACAUACCAGAAAAGGUAAAAGAUUCAAAGGAGACACCAGGCGAAACAAAGGACAUUUCUGGAACAAUUUUGAAAAAAUCUCCAGAUGUGCCAAAUGAAGUGUACCAGAAGUCUGAAUCAGAGGAGGUGAUGAAAGAUACUAUCAAGGAACCAGUAAAUUCCCAGGACUUGAAAACCUCAAGCCCAGAGGAUGUAUCAGAAAAAACAAGUGAAACGCCCAUAAUAAUUGAGGAGCCUUCAGUAAAAAAAAUGGAAGAGGUAACUGAAAUACAGUCAGACACGAAGAUAUCUAAAGAACCUGUUAAAGAAGACACUGAGGUGAAAAAGUCAGAUGAGAUUGUAGCUGAACAAGCUAGACCAGACAUUAAAAGUCAAGUUGAAGUCGAAGAAUCAGUCAUUAGGAAAGAAGAACCCACAGUUCCAAUUGCUAAGUCAAAGGUCAUUGUUACAGCACCUGAAGCCAUAAAAGUCAGUGAAGAUGUCCAACCUCCAAGUGCUGUGUCAGCAGAACAGCAUAGAACAGACGGUAUAAGUCAAGUUCCAAAUGAAGUCGCAGGAGGCAGCAAAGACAUCAUUUCUCAAAAGAAAAAAGAUAAUUCUACUCUGGCUGCUGUCAUCAUUAAAGAAGAGGAUGUGAUUAAGUGUGUACCUGAGGUAGAAACUGAGGACCUCAAGCCUGAUACAACAGAGCAGGAAGAGGUCACAGACACAUUAUUGGAUGAGAAAAGUGAAGCCAUAGAGAAGACAGUAAAAGAUGAUAAUUUAAUAAGUGUUGCUAAAGACACCAUGGACGCCUCAGAGCCUCAGUUGUCUGUGGAAUUUCCUCAAAGUGAAGUUCAAGAACAAGUAGAUGCGAUUCAAGAGCAAGAACUUGAUAAACCUGUGGAGAAGAUGAGUGAAGCAUCUGAACUACUUCAAGGAAUAAGCCCUGCAUUGCAGGUUAAUGCAGAAGUAAUUAGCGCAGGUCCUGAGCCUGAGAAAGGGGAAGAAAUGAAUCACGCCACUGAAACACCAGUAGAAAAAAUUCAAUAUUUGACUGAGUCUGAGGAACUAGUUGAUGAAACUGAAGAGAAAAAUGAAAACUCUGAAGCCUCUAAUGAAAUGGCCACUGUAUUGCAGGUAAACACAGACAUCGUUUGUGAUGCUCAUGAACCUAAGCAAGUAGAAGAUAAACAAUCCACUGUCAUACUUUCCCCAAGUAAUAUUGAAACAAUUGACUUAGUCGUUGCUAACAGGGAAAAGCUUGCUGAAGCUGGAGUGACAAUAACCAAACAUGUAGUAAAACAGGCACAGAGGAUAACAGGCAAGGAAGCUGUUGUACCAAUAAUAGAGGUUUUUCUGGGUAAAGUGCCAUUACCUCUGGACAUGGCAACUGAAAACCAGUUACCUACAAGUAAACCAGAAAUGCCACCUGUAGCGUCAGGACUUAAGGAAAGUGAAGAGCCUGUGACCCGAACUACAGAGGGAGUUACCAGUGUUCAGAAGGAUUUGAAACAAGAAGUCUUACCAGAGACUGAUGCAGAGAGUGAUAAAGAAGCUGUGCAACAGUCAGAAGAGGCUGAGCUGGAAAAGGUUAAACCUGAGGUCAGAGAGCUACAAGCUUUAGACAAACCCAAAGUAGAGGUAGAUGUUAUGCCCGAGAAAGUAAAUGAAGAAAGUAUUGUACCAACAGAAGCAGGUGGUGACAGUCGAAUAGAAGUUACACAGGAUGACAUCAAAGCUGCUGUGGAUAAACUGGACUCAGUAAAACCAGACAUUGCAGUCUCAGAUAAGAUAGUGAGUGAUGCAGUGGCAGAAAUCCCUUCAGUUGAGACCCCAGGUUCUGAGGUUGUGAGUGCAGAAACCAAGGUGCCAGAUAAAACUGUUAGUUGUGUAGAGGCAGAAAUACCCUCAGUUAAGACACCAGAUGAGGUUGUAACUGUGGAAAACAAAGUUUCAGAUACGACUGUGGACGAUGAAGUAGCAGAAAUUCCAUUAGUUGAGACACGAAAUGAGUUUUUGAUUGUGGAAAACAGAGUGUCCGAUAAAACUGAUAUGGUGGCAGAAAUUCCCUCAGUUGAGACCCCCGGCCCUGAGGUUGUUACUGUGGAAAAAGUUUCAGAUAAAACUUUUAGUUGUGUAGGGGCAGAAAUACCCUCUGUCGAGAAACCAGAUGAGGUUGUAACUGUGGAAAAAGUUUCAGAUGAAACUGUUACUGAUGCAGUAGCAGAACUUCCAUCAGUUGAGACCCCAGGCCCCAAGGUUGUAACUGUGGAAAACAAAGUGUCAGAUAAAACUGUUAAUGAUGUAGUGGCAGAAAUUACUUUAGUUGAGAUCCCAGGUCCUGAGGUUGUGAGUGCAGAAACCAAGGUGUCAGAUAAGACUGUUAGUUGUGUAGGGGCAGAAAUACCCUUGGUCGAGAAACCAGAUGAGGUUGUAACUGUGGAAAAAGUCUCAGAUAAAACUGUUAAUGAUGCAGAGGCAGAAAUUCCCUCAGUUGAGACACCAGGUCCUGAGGUUGUAACUGAGGAAAACAAAGUGUCAGAUAAAACUGUUAAUAAUGCAGUGGCAGAAAUUCCUUCAGUUGAGAUCCCAGGUCCUGAGGUUGUAACUGUGGAAAACAAAGUUUCAGAUACAAUUGUGGACGAUGUUGUAGCAGAACUUCCAUCAGUUGAGACCCCAGGCCCCGAGGUUGUAACUGAGGAAAACAAAGUGUCAGAUAAAACUGUUAAUGACGCAGUGGCAGAAAUUCCUUCAGUUGAGAUCCCAGGUCCUGAGGUUGUAACUGUGGAAAACAAAGUUUCAGAUACAAUUGUGGACAAUGUAGUAGCAGAACUUCCAUCAGUUGAGACCCCAGGCCCCGAGGUUGUAACUGAGGAAAACAAAGUGUCAGAUAAAACUGUUAAUGAUGUAGUGGCAGAAAUUCCUUUAGUUGAGAUCCCAGGUCCUGAGGUUGUGAGUGCAGAAACCAAGGUGUCAGAUAAAACUGUUAGUUGUGUAGGGGCAGAAAUACCCUCAGUUGAGACACCAGAUGAGGUUGUAACUGCGGAAAACAAAGUUUCAGAUACAACUGUGGACGAUGUAGCAGAAAUUCCAUCAGUUGAGAAACCAAAUGAGGUUUUGAUUGUGGAAAACAAAGUGUCAGAUAAAACUGAUAUGGUGGCAGAAAUUCCCUCAGUUGAGAUCCCAGGUCCUGAGGUUGUAACUGAGGAAGAAGUUUCAGAUAAAACUGUUACUGAUGCAGUAGCAGAAAUUCCCUCAGUCGAGACAUUUGGCCCUGAGGUUGUAACUGUGGAAAAUAAAGCAGUUAGGACACCAUCACCUUCAGCAGCUCCAGCUCUUGUAAAGGUCGAGGAGGUGACAACUGAGGAUCGGAAAGAGGGAGAGCCAGAGGGCCCAGUGUUUUCUCCCCUCCGAAGCUUCUCUCCUCAGGAGGACCUCUCAGUCCUGCCCGAGCCAGAGUGCCUUAAAGAUCCAGAGUAUCAUGAUGAAACUGCAGAGGAGCUUGGUUAUGAGAUUGUCACUCCACAAGAGGCCAGGGAGUAUCCUGGUGUGGAGACAGAGGUCAUCCCUGAGGAGGAAGAGGAUGAACACCUUGCAGAGGGGGACACGAGCAAGGUCUUAGAGGAAGAGGCUGCUGAAGAUGUCCUGGAGGCAGACUAUGAGAUUAUUGAGGCGUCAGAGAGUAUUCAGCUGUCAGAGGAAGAUCAAGCUAAAAUGCAAUUACUGGAUACCUUCUGUCUUGUGUGCCAGUGCCCAGUUAUGAUGAUGGAAGAACAUCAAAAUCAUGACGUGUGCCGUUUGGAUAAAGCGCAUGAAGACCUGAAGGACCGUCUUAGCAAUCGGAUAUCUACAUUGCAAGAAAGAUCUGAAAAUAUUGAGGACAUGGUGUCAGAGAUUGAGCUGGCCUACAAUUCAGUGGAGGAACAUUGCAAGACCAACGAACAAGCUAUGGACGAUCAGAACGAGGAAAUGCUGAAACUGGUGAUGGAUCAGUACAAUGAGAUGUCUAACGCAAUGGAGGAGGAGAAGAAGGCAAAGCUCGAGAAGCUCUACGACCAGAUUGUCUCCUUUCAAGAAAGCAUCGACGCUGCCAAAGAGAUGCUGGAGAAGAACUUAUCGCUGGAGGAUGAGUCUGACCCCUUCAUGUUCGUGAUUUCAUCCAAAGACAUAAACAUGAGCCUUGCCAAAGCUUUGGAGUCUACAAUGUCUUUGGAACUUGGGCCACGUGGACUUUCUGUAUUUGAUGAUUAUGCCAAGGGCUCAGGAAAUGGCCAGAAGCAUCGUAAAGGCAUUCCAGUGCCACAAAAACCACAUCUUCAGCCCCAAGAAGCCAACUCUGCUACUACCAACUCUGUCACUGUAUACUGGACAGUCAAUGAGGGGGAUAUCAUUGACUGCUUCCAGGUGUACUGCAUGGAGGACCCUCAAGGAGCCAUCUCUGAGGAGUACAGGGUGACGGUGAAGGAGAGCUACUGCACUCUGGAGGAACUGGAUCCAGACAAGAGUUAUAAGGUGUGGGUGAUGGCUGUGAACUAUACAGGAUGCAGCCUGGCUAGUGAGAGACUAUCCUUCAAAACAGCUCCAUCUGUACCAGUGAUCCAGCCCAAAGAGUGCACCGUCCUGUGGGACUCGGCCACCCUGCGCUGGACCACGGAGCAGCCAUCUGCCGCGGAGAGCUUCACGCUGGAGUACUGCCGCCAGUACGCCUGUGAGGGAGAGGGCCUCAGGUCUAUUUCUGGAAUAAAAGGCUAUGAGCAGAGAGUUCUGCUGCAGCCCAAUGAGAACUACCUGUUCUACAUCAAAGCUGUCAACUCCGCGGGAGCCAGUGAGCAGAGCGAGGCUGCCCUCAUCUCUACCAGAGGUCAGCCAGUAACACCUACACCACUCUACAUGUACCAAAAACUCUACAAAAGGGAUUUGCCAGAAAUAAAAUGCAGACCGUGAUGUGGACUAAUUUGG